ACCUGUGACAUUAAAGAGUUUGAUAUACUGAUAAGAUAAACGUAAAUCGCGAAUUGACUGACAGGUAGUAGAUUGACUAAUGACAAUCUACGAUGUUGACCAGAUAAAAAUUAGGACGUAAUGGAUGCGUCGUAUUCACUGGCAGUGUGCUUGGAAGCUUCAUCGAAGGCUCAUGGCUGCGUGGCUCUUUAAGUCGCAACAGUUGCUCGCCAGAAGUAAUAGCGACAAUGGAAAAGGAUUUGCUACCACGAGACUCUUUGCCCUACGUCAAUCGAGAUGGUUUAAUCAGGACGAAUCUAAUUUAUUCAAAAAUGUCUUAGAUUCGGGUUACAUACUAGAAUUACGUAUUCCAAAGAAUACGGACACUCGUAACGUGGACAAGGAUGCUGCGGAAACCUUGGAAUACGGCAUUGUCCUUUGGAUCGAUAAACCAGAUGGCGAAGACAAGGAGGCAAUGGUCGUGUACCUUGAUCCCCAGAGUGACAAGUCCAAGAAGAAAGAUCGUGAAAUUAAGUACAUUUCACUCCAUCAAUUCUGGUCAAGCGGCAUUGAGAUAAGGAUUAACAACAUGGGCGACCGAGAAAAGAAGCCUAAUAGCCCUGAGGAAAUUGUCGAUCAGGUAAAUCGUGCCUUGCGUGGAUCUUCCAAAUGGCACGACAGUAAAGCAUUUGUAUACUGGUGCCGUUAUGGCAGUCCUCCUACAACCGUUCAGGAAAAUAGCAGAAGACGACAAUUGAGCGACGCAGCCAUCCGGUGGGGAAGCAUCUCUGCCAGUGCUGGUGCUCUAUUCUACACGUCAAGACGUCAACGCAGACAUUCCGAACGAUCUGGCUAAAAUUAUUGAAAAACGAUUAUUCGUAAUUUGUCGCUAGGAGAGAAUUAAAUUAUUUACCUUGUUACCAUGUUAUGAGAUACGUUACCAUAACUUACUAUAUGCAGUAUUUUAUUAUAGUAUUUAACGUAGUCGUUAGAUUUUUCUCAUACAUCAUAGACAACAUUUUUACUGUUUAUCUCUUGUGAGAGAUUACUUUUUACUUCUAAGAAUAUGAUUUAUUGGUAUCAAUAAAUAAGAUUCACUCUUA